GACACGCUUGUUCAGUUGUUCAUUUGUUCGCUACGCCCACGCAAGGCGAAUUAGCAUUCGAUGGCGCUCGAUCAACCUGGCGGCGGUGGCGGCGGCGGCGGCGACUGGUGGUGGUGGACGGAGCAUGCUAACGUCUACCUCCUACGCCCUCUCUUGGCUGUCUUCUUCGUCCUGUGCUUGAUCGUACUCAGUUGGUUCAUCGCAUGGAAGACGGUAUUGGUUCACGUCCCGCUGGUGCAAGAGAUAUUUGGCCUGCGGAAGAAGCCCGUUAAGCCCAAACCUCGGAAUAGCCACCGCCUCUCUCGAUUCUAUAACUCAAUUCCCGAUUUAAGAAACAAUAGAUCAAAUGCCGAAUAGAAGUUCAAAUAUCCCUUCGCUGCUGCUCCUACCUUGUGGGCAACUGUUGCUAGCCAUUUCUACUUCCUCUUCAGUAAGUUGCAAAACUCAAUCCGCAAGCAUCUACGCAGAUGCAUAUUUGGAGGUGAAGAAUCUUAGCACUGUCGCAAAGUAGCCAUCUGUGUUUUAUUAGCCCUAAAUGGACAAACCCUCAGGCGCUUUGACGGAACAUCAACUUGCUUUUCCUGAUUCUCGUAGCAUUGUUUCAAUUGUACAUAAAUUUAUGGCAUGCGAUCAAGCACUAGAAUAGAGAGUGUUGAGGAUAUUGUUCGUUUUAACCCUGGUUUGUUGUCUGGAUUUCGUCUGUGUUUGGAUCAUCUUCGACUUAGCUGAUUUCCGUGGCUUCCAUGACGUACCGGUAUUUUUUUUUUUUUAAAUUUUGUUUGCAGUGUUCGUUCUAAAUCUAAUGUAUGAAUCUGAGCCUCAAGCUUAGGUCAUAGUUGCUCUGACUUAA